AUGAGCGAGCGAGCAUAUUCGCGCAUUCUGCCACGCCCGCCUCUGCCUUCGGUUGGAGAAAAGGUAGCUGGAAAGAAGAGUGGCCGUGGGGCGCGCAGUUUCAUAUCAAACAGACAGAUAUGGAGCGCCGAGGAAGAUGAUGCGGUCCGCAGGCUUGUGGAGAAGUUCGGCACCUCUGGAUGGACCCUGAUAGCCGAGAAUCUAGCGCUGGAAUACAACAACAACCAGGGAAGGUCGGGAAAGCAGUGUUGGGAGCGCUGGCACAACCAUUUAGAUCCUACUAUUCGGAAGUGCGAGUGGUCGGAGGAGGAAGAGGUCACCCUUAGCAAGCAGCACCGAGAGCUAGGGAACCGCUGGGCCGAAAUCGCCAAACAUCUGCCUGGACGAACGGACAACCAAGUCAAGAACCAUUGCGUCCAUGUCAAGCCCCCGGCCCCGUGCUACUCGCUCCGAUGA